AUGGAGGAGGGGGACGGAGAGGGGGAAGGGCAUCUGCCGGCGAGAGAGGGGCCAAGUGGUUGUAGCCUUCAGUCUGACACCUCCGCCACCACCACCACCACCACCAAAAACCUCCUGGCUUCUGUCAAAGAGCAGGAGCUCCAGUUUGAGCGGCUGACUCGGGAACUGGAGGAGGAACGGCAGAUUGUGGCCAGCCAGUUGGAGAGGUGCAUGCUGGGAGCAGAGUCCCCGGGCGGGGACAGCAGCAGCUCAUCUGAGAAGUCAUUUGCAUGGAGAUCCGCAGGAGGUCAGAGGUCAGGGUUUGCCUGUCCAUCUCCCGUGCGUCACCUCCGGGGAGAGGAGGGGCUCUACCCGCCCGAACCGGAGCGCGCCUCCCUCCACGACAGUGAGGGGUCCGGGGGUCACUCGGCCCAGAUGACCUCGUACUCGGACAGCGGUUACCAGGACAGCAGCAUGAGCUAUUACAGUAACCAGAACAUCGUGCGCAUGGAGCCCCGGGCUUCGCUCUCCAGGAGCCCCAGGGCCGAGGGACAAGCCUCCAGCCAGGCAUCGGGUCGGGUGCUGAGGAGAAUGGGCUCCCUCCCCUCCAGGAGCCAGUCUCCUGGCGGCGGCACCGCCGGCACUGUCUCCCCCUCCCGUGUCUCCCUGCGCACCUCCCAGGGAAGCACCUAUGGUUCACCCAUCCUCUCCGAGCCCAAACCCCUCGCCGCCGUGUUCCCCGGGACCACCAUGCCCCCCUCCUGCCCUUCGCCCUCCUCCCCGACCGAUGGCUCCCGCACCACCCCGCGACUCACCAGUGCCGGUAGCCAGGCCCUGGGUGGAGGAGGCAGCAACAGGCGGCUGGGCUCCACCUUGUCCCUUGUGGAGGGGCGGGGUUUAGCUGGAUCACCAUUGCGUACAGAGAUGACUGCAGUUCCUCAACACUACGGGUCCACGCUGCCCCGACAGAGCCAGCCGCUGGCUUAUGGGGCUGAUCCGUACGGCCUCUACCAGAGGAGCGCCCUGCCUCGCCCAGACAGCCUCAUAGGGCUUCACAGCUCCUACGCCGGUCACUCGGUGCAACUGGACCCUGAGCUGCGGGCGGUGCUGUCUCCAGACUGUCACAUGACAUCGGUGUUUGACGAGCGCACCUUCCACAGCCCCCUCUACCACAGCCCCACCCACGACCCGCAGGGGAACAUCUACAGGACAAGCACAGGAAUGGGGACGCUCCCGCGGACCACAAGCCAUGGCGGCACGCUGCCUUACCAAAGAAGCAGCAGCUAUGGGCUGAGCACUGCAGCCCUGUACGCUGACUCCUACGGGGUUUCCCAGAAGGGGCUGGACAGUGAGCCAGUAUAUACCCGACACUCUGGACUCAUUGCCACCCGCUCCCCAUCCAUUGACAGCAUCCACAAAGACCCCAGAGAGUUUGCAUGGCGUGACCCGGAGCUUCCCGAGGUCAUCCACAUGUUGCAGCAUCACUUCCCGUCAGUGCAGGCCAACGCAGCCGCCUACCUCCAGCACCUCUGCUAUGGCGACAACUGUGUCAAAGUGGAGGUGUGUCACCUGGGAGGAAUCCAGCACCUGGUGGACCUGCUGGACCACAAGGUGCCUGAGGUCCAGAAGAGCGCUUGCGGAGCCCUGAGGAAUCUGGUGUACGGAAAGGCCACCGAUGACAACAAAGUGGCGCUGAGGAACUGUGGAGGCGUGCCGGCGCUGCUCCGCCUCCUCAGGAAGACCACAGACAAUGAAGUCCGGGAGCUGGUCACCGGCGUCCUGUGGAACCUGUCCUCGUGCGACGCGGUGAAGAUGACCAUCAUCCGUGAUGCUCUGACCACGCUCACCAACACGGUGGUCAUCCCUCAUUCGGGCUGGAGCAGCGCCCCGCACCGCGAGGAGCACAAACACAAGUUUCACUCCUCCCUGCUGCUGCGCAACACCACCGGCUGUCUGAGGAACCUGAGUUCAGCAGGCGAGGAGGCGCGGAGUCAGCUGCGUUGCUGUGAGGGUCUGGUAGACUCUCUGCUCUACGUCCUCAAAGCCUGCGUCAACACCUCCGACUACGACAGCAAGAUAGUGGAGAACAGCGUGUGCACGUUGAGGAACCUGUCCUACCGGCUGGAGGUGGAGAUGCCCUCCUCUCGUCUGCUUGGAAACCAGGAGCUGGACGCCCUGCUGGGCUUCUCCUCCCCGGCCAAAGACCUGGACUACCUCUGCUGGGGCAAGAGGAGGCGCAGCAGGAAGAGGAGCGGCUGGCCGGACGACAAGUGGGAUGGCUUGGGGCCGAUUCCGGGCUUCUCCCACCCUCUGAGGGGGGCCGAGCAGCUAUGGCACCCCAUGGUGGUCAAACCUUACCUCAGCCUGCUGGCCGAGAGCUCCAACCCCGCCACGCUGGAGGGCGCCGCCGGGUCCCUGCAGAACCUCUCCGCCGGAAACUGGAAGUUCUCAGCCUACAUCCGUGCAGCAGUGAGGAAGGAGAAGGGUUUGCCCAUCCUGGUGGAGUUACUGAGGAUGGACAACGACAGGGUGGUGUGCUCGGUGGCGACGGCGCUCCGAAACAUGGCACUGGACAUCAGGAACAAGGAGCUCAUAGGGAAGUACGCCAUGCGGGACCUGGUGAACCGGCUGCCCGGUACCAGUCCCUCGGUGCUGUCAGAUGACACGGUGGCGUCGGUCUGCUGUACGCUACACGAGGUCACCAGCCGCAACAUGGAGAACGCGAAGGCUCUGGCCGACAGCGGCGGCAUCGAGAAGCUGGUGGACAUCAGCAAAGGCCGGGGGAAGGGGUACUCUAUGAAGGUGGUGAAGGCAGCAGCUCAGGUGUUGAACACACUCUGGCAGUACAGGGAGCUGAGGAACCUCUACAAACAGGACGGUUGGAACUACACCCAUUUCAUCACCCCUGUGUCCACCCUGGAGCGUGACCGCUACCGUUCUCAGCCAACCCUCCCUACCAGCCCACCUCAAAUAUCCCCUGUUAUCCAAUCAGGUGGUAGUGCGACAUCCUCACCAGCGAUGCUAGGGAUAAGAAGACACAGUUCAAACUACCAGAGGGCACAGUCAUCUAUGCAACUUGACACAUUUUAUGGGGACAACAGUUUACACAAACAUCCAUACACAGGGUCUGAAAAGAAAACCCCAUAUUUCAUUGGGACAUAUUUGUCUCAGUCAGGAGAGGAUCUGAGAAGGUCCCAGCACCCAGAGCCAUUUUACGAUGAGCCCGACAGAAAGAACUACAACAGCUACAGAAUGUACCUGUCGUCCCCGCAAGGGUACGGGGAGGAGCAUUACGAGGACGAACCAGUCCACCUGACCCCGUCCUCCCCAGAUGGCUAUGCUGGCCAGUCCCUCAGAAUCAAAGCCAACACAAACUACGUGGACUUCUACUCCACCACACGGAGGCCUUCACAGCGGGCAAACAAGUACACCGGCUCCCCUGACUCCUGGGUGUAGAAAAAAAAGACACAAUCGCGGUGUACCCUUUAACUUCAGUGUCCAUGGGCGUUUUUGUGUUCGGGGGCAGCGCACGUUGGUUGUGUUGUGUGAGCGUGUCGGGUGUGUUUGAGAAUGCAUGUGAAUGUGUAUGCAUCUGUGUUGACGCUGUACUGAAUGGCCAGGGCUGGGUUUUCUGACAAGCAUCCUUUUUUGAGUUACUUCCUUUUUGGUCCAUUGUAAAGGAAAUUGGACCAAAGGUGAUCUCAGUCAAAAGAUGCUCUCCUGAAAAAACCCAAAUCCCCACCUUCGCGGUUUACCAGUGUUUGUAACAUUGAGUGAAGGUUUUUCUUUUCUUUUCUUUUCUUUUUGUUUUGCUCUCUCUGCGGUAAAAUGUGCAGUGUGUGUUGGCUUUAUAACAUAAAUAUGUCGCGAACACAAGAAAAAAGGAACAGAGAGAAAUUAAUAAUCUAUGGAUUUGGUGGAAAAAAAACACAGAGCUGGAUCAAAUUUUAUGUGCCAAUAAUUCUUAGCAUCUGAUCCAUCCAUUUGACCUACAGGUAUGCUUUCAUCACACAAUGGGUGUCAGAACAUUUACACAGUAACAAGUUUAUUAUGUGAAAAUCAGUUUUGUGUACUCUUUUGUGACUGAUGACUUGACUGCCCACCUGUUGUGGCAGUAUGAGUUUCUUCAAACCCCACCCUUCGAGUAUCACAAGAAAAAGUAAAACGAGCACUGAAAAUUAUUUGCAAAUACCCUUUGACCCAGAUCUAGAAAAGACAAGACAAAUGUUAAGGCGUUUAACGUUGAACGUUGUGUGCAGAUGAACUGAUUCAACUUUCUGUGAUCACUGGCAAACAUCUGCUCGCCGGGCCCGCUGAGACUCAGAGAACCAGGGUUGCAUUAGUAACCCCAUAUGUAUCAUUCAGUAUGUGAAAUGUGACAAACGUAAAGACCUAUUUGUACAAAUACAAUGGUUAAACUGUCUUGUUACAUUGUUGUAAUCAAUAUGUAAAACUUUCUAUGUGAUUGUGUGAAUUUUUUUUAUUAUUAUUUAUCUAUUUGAUUAUUUAUUUAUUUACUCGUGACCUGACCAAAAUACCCCGUUUGUCUGUUCUGUCCAAAAUCGAUGAAGAUGAUGUGCAAUGUUAAGGAGGGAAAUCUGUGUAUAGGGAUUAAAGGUUGUAU